GAGCUGUCCGCGCCCCUGGUGCUGAACCAAGAUGGCCGGCGGCGGAGGCCGGGCCCCGGCGUGAACUGAACGCGGGCUGCAGCACCCGCCAUGCCCCAGCCCAGCGGCCGCUAAAGCCCAACCUGACAGAGCCGGUCCGCCGGCGACCCCGGAGACAUGUCUCUACUUUGCGUUGGAGUCAAAAAAGCCAAGUUUGAUGGUGCCCAAGAGAAAUUCAACACGUAUGUGACCCUGAAGGUGCAGAAUGUCAAGAGCACGACCAUCGCCGUACGGGGCAGCCAGCCCAGCUGGGAGCAGGAUUUCAUGUUUGAGAUUAACCGCCUGGAUUUGGGGCUGACAGUGGAAGUGUGGAACAAGGGUCUCAUCUGGGACACGAUGGUGGGCACAGUGUGGAUCCCCCUGCGGACCAUCCGCCAGUCCAAUGAAGAGGGCCCUGGAGAGUGGCUGACCCUGGACUCUCAGGUCAUCAUGGCAGACAGUGAGAUCUGUGGCACUAAGGACCCCACCUUCCACCGCAUCCUCCUUGACACCCGCUUUGAGCUGCCCUUAGACAUCCCCGAGGAGGAGGCACGCUACUGGGCCAAGAAGCUGGAGCAGCUGAAUGCCAUGAGGGACCAGGAUGAGUAUUCAUUCCAAGAUGAACAAGACAAGCCUCUUCCUGUCCCCAGCAACCAGUGUUGCAACUGGAAUUAUUUUGGCUGGGGUGAGCAGCAGAAUGAUGACCCUGACAGUGCAGUAGAUGAUCGUGACAGUGACUACCGCAGUGAGACAAGCAACAGCAUCCCGCCACCCUAUUAUACUACAUCCCAGCCCAAUGCCUCAGUCCACCAAUAUUCUGUCCGCCCACCACCCCUGGGUUCCCGGGAAUCCUACAGUGACUCCAUACACAGUUAUGAGGAGUUCUCUGAACCGCGGGCCCUCAGCCCCACAGGCAGCAGCCGCUAUGCCUCCUCAGGGGAGCUGAGCCAGGGCAGCUCGCAGCUGAGCGAGGACUUCGACCCAGAUGAACAGAGCCUGCAGGGCUCCGAGCUGGAGGAUGAGCGGGACCGGGACUCCUACCACUCCUGCCAUAGCUCAGUCAGCUACCACAAGGACUCGCCUCGCUGGGACCAGGAUGAGGAUGAGCUAGAUGAGGAGCUGGAUGAGGAGCUGGAUGAGGACUUGGAGGACUUUCUGGAGGAGGAGGAAGAGGAGCUGCCUGAGGAUGAGGAAGAGCUAGAGGAGGAAGAGGAGGUGCCCGACGACAUCCGUGGCUAUACUGAGCGCCAGGAGGUGGCCGUGGCUGAGCCCAAGGACUUUAAGCGUAUGAGCCUCCCACCCGCUGCCCCCGAGAAGGAGGACAAGGCCCCAGCCGUGUCUGCCAUGGCCCCUGACGUGGCCAAGGCAGCCCCUGAACCAGCCACACCUGAGGAGGUUCCUGCAGUUGAGCAGGAGCCCAAGCCUGAGCCCCCCAAGAAUGAGGAGAGUUUCAGGCCACGAGAGGAUGAGGAAGGCCAGGAGGGUCAGGACUCCAUGUCUAGGGCCAAGGCCAACUGGCUGCGAGCCUUCAACAAAGUGCGGCUGCAGCUGCAGGAGGCCCGGGGAGAAGGAGAGAUGUCCAAAUCCUUGUGGUUCAAAGGCGGCCCUGGUGGUGGUCUCAUCAUCAUUGACAGCAUGCCAGACAUUCGCAAGAGGAAGCCUAUCCCGCUUGUGAGCGACCUGGCCAUGUCCCUGGUCCAGUCCAGAAAAGCGGGCAUCACCUCGGCCUUGGCAUCCAGCACUUUGAACAACGAAGAGCUGAAAAACCACGUUUACAAGAAGACCCUGCAAGCCUUAAUCUACCCCAUCUCAUGCACAACGCCGCACAACUUCGAGGUGUGGACGGCCACCACACCCACCUACUGUUACGAGUGUGAGGGGCUGCUGUGGGGCAUCGCGCGGCAGGGCAUGCGCUGUACCGAGUGCGGGGUCAAGUGCCACGAGAAGUGCCAGGACCUGCUCAAUGCAGACUGCCUGCAGCGGGCGGCGGAGAAGAGCUCCAAGCAUGGGGCGGAGGACCGAACACAGAACAUCAUCAUGGUGCUCAAGGACCGCAUGAAGAUCCGGGAGCGCAACAAGCCCGAGAUCUUCGAGCUCAUCCAGGAGAUCUUCGCAGUGACCAAGACGGCGCACACGCAGCAGAUGAAGGCGGUCAAGCAAAGCGUGCUGGAUGGCACGUCCAAGUGGUCGGCCAAGAUCAGCAUCACUGUGGUCUGUGCCCAGGGUUUGCAAGCAAAGGACAAGACGGGAUCCAGUGACCCCUAUGUCACCGUCCAGGUUGGGAAGACCAAGAAACGGACAAAAACCAUCUAUGGAAACCUGAACCCUGUGUGGGAGGAGAACUUCCACUUUGAAUGUCACAACUCCUCGGACCGAAUCAAGGUGCGCGUCUGGGAUGAGGACGAUGACAUCAAAUCUCGUGUGAAGCAGCGGUUCAAGAGGGAAUCUGAUGACUUCCUGGGGCAGACGAUCAUCGAGGUGCGGACACUCAGUGGCGAAAUGGACGUGUGGUACAACCUGGACAAGAGGACUGACAAAUCUGCUGUGUCAGGGGCCAUCCGGCUACACAUCAGUGUGGAGAUCAAAGGCGAGGAGAAGGUGGCCCCCUACCAUGUCCAGUAUACCUGUCUGCAUGAGAACCUGUUCCACUUCGUGACAGAUGUGCAGAACAAUGGGGUCGUGAAGAUCCCAGAUGCCAAGGGUGAUGACGCCUGGAAGGUUUACUAUGAUGAGACAGCCCAGGAGAUUGUGGAUGAAUUUGCCAUGCGCUAUGGUGUCGAGUCCAUCUACCAAGCCAUGACCCACUUUGCCUGCCUCUCCUCCAAGUACAUGUGUCCUGGGGUGCCUGCCGUCAUGAGCACCCUGCUUGCCAACAUCAAUGCCUACUACGCACACACCACCGCCUCCACCAACGUGUCUGCCUCCGACCGCUUCGCUGCCUCCAACUUUGGGAAAGAACGCUUUGUGAAGCUCCUGGACCAGCUGCAUAACUCCCUGCGGAUCGACCUCUCCAUGUAUCGGAAUAACUUCCCAGCCAGCAGCCCAGAGAGACUCCAGGACCUCAAAUCCACUGUGGACCUUCUCACCAGCAUCACCUUCUUUCGGAUGAAGGUACAAGAACUUCAGAGCCCACCCCGAGCCAGCCAGGUGGUGAAGGACUGUGUAAAAGCUUGCCUCAACUCUACUUAUGAAUACAUCUUCAACAAUUGUCAUGAACUCUAUAGUCGAGAGUACCAGACAGACCCGGCCAAGAAAGGGGAAGUUCCCCCAGAGGAACAGGGCCCCAGCAUCAAGAACCUCGACUUCUGGUCCAAGCUGAUCACUCUCAUAGUGUCCAUCAUUGAGGAAGACAAGAAUUCCUACACUCCCUGCCUCAACCAGUUUCCCCAGGAAUUGAACGUGGGUAAAAUCAGUGCCGAAGUAAUGUGGAAUCUGUUUGCCCAGGACAUGAAGUAUGCCAUGGAAGAGCAUGACAAGCAUCGCUUGUGCAAGAGCGCCGACUACAUGAACCUCCACUUCAAGGUCAAAUGGCUCUACAACGAAUAUGUGGCAGAGCUUCCUGCCUUUAAGGACCGAGUGCCUGAGUAUCCUGCGUGGUUUGAGCCCUUCGUCAUCCAGUGGCUGGACGAGAAUGAGGAAGUGUCCCGGGAUUUCCUGCAUGGGGCCCUGGAGCGAGACAAGAAGGAUGGGUUUCAACAGACUUCAGAGCAUGCCCUGUUCUCCUGCUCCGUGGUGGACGUCUUCUCCCAGCUCAAUCAGAGCUUUGAGAUCAUCAAGAAACUUGAAUGUCCUGACCCCCAGAUCGUGGGGCACUACAUGAGGCGCUUUGCCAAGACCAUCAGUAAUGUGCUCCUCCAGUAUGCGGACAUCAUCUCCAAGGACUUCGCCUCCUACUGCUCCAAGGAGAAGGAGAAAGUGCCCUGCAUCCUCAUGAACAACACUCAGCAGCUGCGAGUUCAGCUUGAGAAGAUGUUCGAAGCCAUGGGAGGGAAGGAGCUGGAUGCUGAGGCCAGUGACAUCUUGAAGGAGCUACAGGUGAAACUCAACAAUGUCUUGGAUGAACUCAGCCGGGUGUUUGCCACAAGCUUCCAGCCUCACAUUGAGGAGUGUGUCAAGCAGAUGGGCGACAUCCUUAGCCAGGUGAAAGGUACAGGCAAUGUGCCUGCUAGUGCCUGCAGCAGCGUGGCCCAGGAUGCUGACAACGUGCUUCAACCCAUCAUGGACCUACUGGAUAGCAACUUGACUCUCUUUGCCAAAAUCUGCGAGAAGACGGUGCUGAAGCGGGUGCUGAAGGAGUUAUGGAAGCUGGUCAUGAACACCAUGGAGAAAACCAUCGUCUUGCCACCCCUCACUGACCAGACGAUGAUCGGCACCCUCUUGAGAAAACAUGGCAAGGGAUUAGAAAAGGGCAGGGUGAAACUGCCAAGCCACUCAGAUGGAACCCAGAUGAUCUUCAAUGCAGCCAAGGAGCUGGGUCAGCUGUCUAAACUCAAGGACCACAUGGUACGAGAAGAAGCCAAGAGCUUGACUCCGAAGCAGUGCGCAGUUGUUGAGCUGGCGCUGGACACUAUCAAGCAAUACUUCCAUGCGGGUGGCGUGGGCCUCAAGAAAACCUUCCUAGAGAAGAGUCCAGACCUGCAGUCCCUGCGCUACGCCCUGUCCCUCUAUACGCAGGCCACUGACCUGCUCAUCAAGACAUUCGUACAGACUCAGUCGGCCCAGGUCCAUGGUGGAAAAGGGACUAGGUUUACCCUUAGUGAAGACAUUUAUCCUGAGAAGGGCUCGGGUGUGGAAGACCCUGUGGGUGAAGUCUCUGUCCACGUUGAGCUCUUCACUCAUCCAGGAACUGGGGAACACAAGGUCACAGUGAAAGUGGUGGCUGCCAAUGACCUUAAGUGGCAGACUUCUGGUAUUUUCCGGCCGUUCAUCGAGGUCAACAUCAUUGGACCCCAGCUCAGCGACAAGAAACGCAAGUUUGCGACCAAAUCCAAGAACAACAGCUGGGCCCCUAAGUACAAUGAGAGUUUCCAGUUCACGCUGAGCGCCGACGCGGGCCCCGAGUGCUACGAGCUGCAGGUGUGCGUCAAGGACUACUGCUUCGCGCGCGAGGACCGCACGGUGGGGCUGGCUGUGCUGCAGCUGCGCGAGCUGGCUCAGCGCGGGAGCGCCGCCUGCUGGCUGCCGCUUGGCCGCCGCAUCCACAUGGAUGACACGGGCCUCACCGUGCUGCGCAUCCUGUCGCAGCGCAGCAAUGACGAAGAUGCCACGCCCUAG